AAUAUAGUAACAUAUAAUAAAUUCUACAAAUUUUGGGGGCUCAGCUGGGAUUGAACGAGCAGUGAGUACGAGCCGCGUAAUCGUAAGAGUGAAUUGUGUGGACUCCAAGAACUAACCAAUCGUGUGGAAUACCUCAAACUGUGAAGCCUGGAUAAGAAGUGUUUUCUUUAUAUAUAUAUAGUGUUGGAAUUUGGGAAUUGUGGAAUCGAGUGGACUGUGUACGUGACGUGAAAUGUGUACCAACAGGAGCCCAAGUGAAUUCACGGUGGCACAGCUGAAAGAUAUGCUGAAAGUGAAAGGUCUAAAUAUGGCUGGAGUAAAGAGUGACCUAAUCAAUAGGCUCGUGAUGAACGAUCCGACGGGUGCGUGGAUGGAUGAGGCGGCGAGCCGCGAUCCAAGCGCGACCGCGAGUGGAAAUUCUGUCGCGGGUGCCAUCGCGAGUGCAGACUCCGGCGUGGACGAGGCUCCCAGCGCGAAUUCGCCAAGACCACGAAGUUCGCCAAUUACGGACAUCGAUGCCAGAAGCAUGGACAUUCAGCGAAGGGAGCUAGAACUCGCUGAGCGCGAGAUUCAAUUAUUGAGACGCGAGGUGGAAAUGAUGCGUGAAAUGCAAAGACUAAACAUAGGUGGAGUGUUCGUUCCCCAGAGUGCGCCCCACGUGGAUCAACGUAGAGCAGUGGUGAUAGACGAAUCAAUGAAGGCUAUGCUGAGUUAUUUGGAAGGAAACGGCGAAAAUUUCGAUAUUUGGGAGAAGCAGCUGACACUGCUGCGGUCGACGUAUAGGCUGGACGACAAUGCGGCGAAAUUAUUAGUCGUUUCGCGACUAAAGAACAAAGCUCUCGAGUGGUUUCAUUCAAAACCGGAGUAUAUAGAAAUGCGAGUCGACGAUAUAGUGAGUGAGCUGAGAGACACUUUCGGUGAUCGACAAAGUAAAAUUUCAGCACGCAGAGAGUUUGAAGGGCGAACAUGGAGAAAAGAGGAGACAUUCGCAGAAUAUUUCCACCGAAAAACGAUCCUGGCUAAUCGUAUCUCGAUCGAUGAAGGCGAGCUGAUCGAAUAUUUAAUAGACGGCAUACCGGACCAUUCAUUGAGAAACCACGCGAAAUUGCAGAAGUUUGUAUCGAAGGCAUCGCUUCUAGAAGGAUUCAAGGGUGUUACGUUACCACCCGCUAUCCAGAGAAGCUUACGAGCUAAUGCAGAGGCGUACGGACAGAAAACUAGUGCUGCGCAAUGUGGUGGAGCGGGAAUGCAGCGAUCCGAUGGUCCGAAUUAUCGUGGAGGUGGUACGAUAUCGCGAGCAUCUUACGAGUUCCGACGGCCAGAAAAUAGUUGUCGAGGGGACAACGAGUUCCAGCGACGAGACAGCGAUUUUCGACGACGAGAUGAUGGAGUUCAGCGGCGAGACGACGGGAUGCAACGACGAGAAGCGCGGAAUACGCCGCCGAAAAGGUGUUACAACUGCGGCGACCGCGAACAUCUCUCCUUCGAGUGUCACCGAAGAAGUCAAGGAGCGAAGUGUUUUGAAUGUGGAGAAUUCGGACACGUUGCGAAGAACUGCCCAAGGAGAGUGACGCUUGCGACUGACGAAAGCCUAGCGGUACAGCAAGAAUUCCGUAAAAAGUAUGUUAAAAAUGUUUGUAUUUGCGAGCGCGAGGUAACCUCUCUAAUUAAUACCAGCCGCGAUUAUAAAAAUGUAGCAGAACAAUUACAGAAAAAAACAAAAAUGUUACAAAGUACAGAAACUAAAUUAAAUAGCGUCUUAAGUAAUUUAACUAAAAAGAUUGAAUCUUUAAAAGAACAAAAUACUUCUUUAUCAAAUCAGAACCAACAGUUACAAGAUUUGUGCACCUCUCAGAAGAUAUCUUUAUCACGAACCGAAGAAUCUAAAAAUAUUUUAAACACUGAAGUAGAGACUUUGAAAGGGAAACUUAAGAACACAGAGGAAUCUUUACACAAUGAAAAAGUAAAUAGUGUGAAACUAAAUGAAGUACUUGAAGAAGCUAAGUUGAAGAUAUGUGAAAAUAUUAAAUGUAUACAAAGUUUAAGGCAUCGAAAUAACUCAUAUGAAACUUCUAUUGAAAAUUGCAACACAAAUUUAAAAGAAAUCAUCUUUCCUCAUUUCGAAACUAAAGAUAGUGAAAAUAAUUUAAAUGAUGCUACAACUAUUGAACUUGUGCAAUAUCUUCGAACAUUGUUACGUAAAUUCAAUAAAAAAUAUAUUUUUAAAAAAAGAGAAGUUAAAUCGCUAAAUAUUAGAAUGGAAGAAAUAAAAUUAAAAGGACAACAAUAUCAGUCACUGAUUUUCGAAUUGGAAGAGAACGCAACAAGAACCAGACUUAAAAUUCGCAGCAAAGUAUUUUGGGCCAUAUGAAAUAACUAAAUUACUACGAAACGACCGGUAUGUAGUGACGAAGGUUGGCGAACACGAGGGACCACGACAGACAUCGACGGCGGCGGAUUACAUUAAACCCUGGAUGACUGAAAGCAGUGACGAGCUGUGCAGUGAUAGUGAAGUGGUGGACUAAUAGAAACAAAAAAAAAAAGCGUGCGAUAUCUGAGGCCAGAUAUCCUUGUCAGGAGGGCCGAGUGUAGGAGUGGGAAUGUGUGCGUGUGCGUGAGAGAGAAAGAGAGAGAGAGAGAGCGUUAGCUAUAGGAUAGGUAUAAGGAUAU